ACUGGUUCUUUAGACCGUCUCCCCCUCCGCCUUGGCUUCAGCGUUUCCUCACUGAUGCAAGAUUAAACAAGCAGCAUAUUUGGGUCAAGGAGAGCGAUGUUUGCUAAUAGAGAUGCUGGGCGCAGCAUUCUGGGAGAGUGACUUCCCACGGCACAGGGUCCUUUGUGCCUUCAGCCGCAUCAUCUGCAGCAGGGUGGCUGUCUGGCACUGGCUCUUUCAUUUUGGGCAGGUUAGGAGGCUCAGAGCAAUCCCCGGCAAAUCCGAGGAGCCAGCACUUCCCCACCAACCCCAGGUUAAUCUUCUGCACAUUUGUUCUCUGUGCAGCAGUGAAGCAGAUCACUGGGAAAAAAUGACGUUUUCACGGUACAUCUGAGGUCUGCCAUCCCGCUUUUGCACCACCCACCUUCGUUUUUACACGGGGAGCCCGGAUUCUUUCUGUCUGUCAGGCUGUUGGGCAGGACCAGAUUCUAGUGUGACAGUUUGGCACUUUCCUUCUGUUCUGUGCCGGCAACUGCGUGUCGUGAAGAUGGUACAGUGGGAGCCUGUGUCUGAAGAGCCAAGGAAGCUGAUGUGGAGAUGGAGUAGAGAUUUCUAGAAAUCUGAACAUCCACACCCUGGGGAUGGGUUGCACGACCAGUGUGAUUCUCUUCAAAGGCAUCCGCACCGUUUUUGAGAGAAACUGUUCGUACAUGUGCAAGCAGCAAGGAGAAAGUAAUGCCCUUGAAUACACAGCAUACAAUUGGUCAAAAGAAGACUCAGAACUAUUGAUCUCCUCCUGCCUGGCAAAGCCAAAGCUCAUCGAACCGCUUGACUAUGAAAAUGUCAUCGUGCAGAAAAAGACCCAGAUCCUGAAUGACUGUCUGCGGGAGAUGCUGCUCUUCCCUUAUGAUGACUUCCAGACGGCUGUCCUGAGGCGGCAGGGACGGUAUGUCCGUUCCACGGUCCCCUCGAACGCAGAGGAGGAGGCACAGAGCUUAUUUGUCACUGAGUGCAUCAAAACCUACAACUCUGACUGGCAUCUUGUGACCUAUAAAUAUGAAGAUUACUCAGGAGACUUUCGACAGCUUCCGAGCAAACUGGCCAAGUUGGAUAAACUUCCAGUUCACGUCUAUGAAGUUGAUGAGGAGGCCGACAAAGAUGAGGAUGCUGCUUCUCUGGGGUCUCAGAAGGGUGGGCUCACCAAACAUGGCUGGCUGUACAAAGGCAACAUGAACAGUGCGAUCAGCGUGACCAUGAGGUCAUUUAAGAGGCGAUUUUUCCACCUGAUUCAACUUGGUGAUGGAUCCUAUAAUCUAAAUUUUUAUAAAGAUGAAAAGAUCUCCAAGGAACCCAAAGGAUCCAUAUUCCUAGAUUCCUGCAUGGGUGUGAUUCAGAACAACAGAGUCAGGCGCUUUGCUUUUGAGCUCAAGAUGCAGGAUAAAAGCAGUUACCUUCUGGCAGCAGACAGUGAGGCGGAGAUGGAGGAGUGGGUCACGGUUCUCAACAAGAUCCUCCAGCUCAACUUUGAAGCUGCAAUGCAAGAAAAGCGAAAUGGGGACUCUCAUGAAGAUGAUGAACAAAGCAAACUGGAAGGUUCCGGUUCCGGUUUGGAUAGCUACCUGCCUGAACUUGCCAAGAGCACCAGAGAAGCAGAAAUCAAACUGAAAAGUGAGAGCAGGGUGAAGCUGUUUUACUUGGACCCAGAUGCCCAGAAACUUGACUUCUCAUCCGCUGAGCCAGAAGUGAAGCCAUUUGAAGAAAAGUUUGGGAAAAGGAUCCUUGUCAAAUGCAAUGAUCUGUCUUUCAAUCUACAAUGCUGUGUCGCUGAAAACGAGGAAGGACCCACUACAAAUGUUGAGCCUUUCUUUGUCACCCUGUCCCUGUUUGACAUAAAAUACAACCGAAAGAUUUCCGCUGACUUCCACGUGGACCUGAAUCAUUUCUCAGUGCGGCAGAUGCUGGCUCCCACAUCCCCAGCUCUGAUGAACGGCGGCCAGAGCCCACCUGCCUUCCAGGAUGCCCUUCAUGCUGCAGCCAUGCAGUAUCCGAAGCAGGGAAUAUUUUCAGUCACGUGUCCUCAUCCAGAUAUAUUUCUCGUGGCCAGAAUUGAGAAGGUCCUCCAAGGAAGCAUCACGCAUUGUGCUGAGCCGUAUAUGAAAAGCUCAGAUUCGUCUAAGGUUGCUCAGAAGGUGCUGAAGAAUGCCAAACAGGCAUGCCAAAGACUAGGACAGUACAGAAUGCCGUUUGCUUGGGCAGCAAGGACAUUGUUCAAGGAUACAUCUGGAAACCUGGACAAAAAUGCCAGAUUUUCUGCCAUCUAUCGGCAAGACAGCAAUAAGCUUUCAAACGAUGACAUGCUCAAGCUACUUGCAGACUUCCGGAAACCUGAGAAGAUGGCCAAACUCCCAGUGAUUUUAGGCAAUCUCGACAUUACGAUUGAUAACGUCUCCUCUGACUCCCCCAAUUAUCUGAAUUCAUCAUAUAUUCCCAUGAGGCAAUUCGAAGCCUGCAGUAAGUCUCCGCUCACUUUUGAAGUAGAGGAGUUUGUGCCCUGCAUUCCAAGACACACCCAGCCUUAUACUGUCUACAGCAAUCACCUUUAUGUUUACCCAAAGUACUUGAAAUAUGACAGUCAGAAGUCUUUUGCUAAGGCCAGAAAUAUUGCUAUUUGCAUUGAGUUCAAAGAUUCCGAUGAGGAAGACUCUCAACCUCUGAAGUGCAUUUACGGCAGACCUGGUGGCCCAGUGUUCACAAGAAGUGCCCUUGCUGCGGUUUUACACCAUCAACAAAACCCAGAAUUCUAUGAUGAGAUCAAGAUAGAACUGCCGACCCAGCUACAUGAGAAGCACCAUCUGCUGUUCACCUUCUUCCACGUCAGCUGCGAUACCUCGGCGAAAGGGAGCACGAAGAAAAAGGACGCUAUUGAAACACAAGUUGGCUAUUCCUGGCUUCCCCUCCUGAAAGAUGGAAGGGUGUUGACAAAUGAACAGCACAUCCCUGUCUCCGCCAAUCUUCCAUCUGGCUACCUUGGCUACCAGGAGCUCAGCAUGGGCAGGCAUUAUGGUCCAGAAAUUAAGUGGGUGGAAGGAGGCAAGCCUCUGUUGAAAAUCUCCACUCAUCUGGUUUCCACGGUGUACACUCAGGAUCAGCAUUUACAUAAUUUUUUCCAGUACUGUCAGAAAACGGAAUCUGGAGCCCAAGCCUCAGGGAAUGAACUUGUAAAAUACCUUAAGAGUCUGCAUGCAAUGGAAGGCCAUGUGAUGAUCGCCUUCCUGCCCACCAUCCUAAACCAGCUGUUCCGAGUCCUCACCAGAGCCACUCAGGAGGAGGUUGCAGUUAAUGUGACUCGGGUCAUUAUUCAUGUGGUUGCCCAGUGCCAUGAGGAAGGAUUGGAGAGCCACUUGAGGUCAUAUGUUAAGUUUGCCUAUAAGGCUGAGCCGUAUAUUGCAUCUGAAUAUAAGACGGUGCACGAGGAACUGACCAAAUCCAUGACCACCAUUCUCAAGCCUUCUGCUGAUUUCCUUACCAGCAACAAACUUCUGAAGUAUUCGUGGUUUUUCUUCGAUGUGCUGAUAAAGUCCAUGGCUCAGCAUUUGAUAGAAAACAACAAAGUUAAGUUACUACGAAACCAGAGAUUUCCAGCCUCCUACCAUCAUGCGGUAGAAACUGUGGUGAACAUGCUGAUGCCACACAUUACACAGAAGUUUCGAGAUAACCCCGAGGCAUCUAAGAACGCGAAUCACAGCCUAGCUGUGUUCAUCAAGAGAUGCUUCACCUUCAUGGACAGGGGCUUCGUCUUCAAGCAGAUCAACAACUACAUCAGCUGCUUUGCUCCUGGAGACCCCAAGACUCUUUUUGAGUACAAGUUUGAGUUUCUCCGUGUGGUGUGCAACCAUGAACACUAUAUCCCUUUGAACUUGCCGAUGCCGUUUGGAAAGGGCAGGAUUCAGAGAUACCAAGAUCUCCAGCUUGACUACUCCUUAACAGAUGAGUUCUGCAGAAACCACUUCCUGGUGGGACUGUUGCUCAGGGAGGUGGGCACCGCCCUCCAGGAGUUCCGAGAGGUCCGCAUCAUUGCCAUCAGCAUGCUGAAGAACCUGCUGAUAAAGCAUUCUUUCGAUGACAGAUACGCGUCCAGGAGCCAUCAGGCAAGGAUCGCCACUCUCUACCUGCCUCUGUUUGGUCUGCUUAUUGAAAACGUCCAGCGAAUCAACGUGAGGGAUGUGUCGCCCUUCCCUGUGAACCCAGGCAGUAUUGUGAAGGAUGAGCCCCUUGCUGUGCCAGCCGGGCAUCUACUCAUGACACCACAGAAGGGAAACACACUUGACCACAGCCUGCACAAAGACCUCCUGGGCGCCAUCUCUGGCAUUGCGUCUCCAUACACAGCCUCAACCCCCAACAUCAACAGUGUGAGAAACGCAGAGUCAAGAGGGUCUCUCGUCAGCACAGACUCGGGCAGCAGCCUUCUGGACAGGAACCCUGAGAAGAGCAAUUCCCUGGAUAAGCAUCAGCAGAGCGGCACGCUGGGAAAUUCUGUGGUUCGCUGUGACAAACUGGACCAGUCCGAGAUUAAGAGUCUGCUGAUGUGCUUCCUCUAUGUGCUGAAAAGCAUGUCUGACGAUGCGCUGUUUACAUACUGGAACAAGGCUUCAACUGCUGAGCUGAUGGACUUCUUUACAAUAUCUGAAGUCUGCCUGCACCAGUUCCAGUACAUGGGGAAACGCUACAUAGCCAGGAACCAGGAGGGGUUGGGACCCAUAGGUCAUGAUCGAAAGUCUCAGACAUUGCCUGUUUCCCGUAACAGAACAGGAAUGAUGCAUGCCAGAUUGCAGCAGCUGGGCAGCCUGGAUAACUCUGUCACUUUUAACCACAGCUAUGGCCACUCAGAGGCGGAUGUCCUUCACCAGUCACUUCUGGAAGCCAACAUUGCUACCGAGGUUUGCCUCACCACUCUGGACACGCUCUCUCUGUUCACACUGGCCUUUAAGAACCAGCUCUUGGCUGACCAUGGACAUAAUCCUCUCAUGAAGAAAGUUUUUGAUGUCUACCUGUGUUUUCUUCAAAAACACCAGUCAGAAAUGGCUUUAAAAAAUGUCUUUACUGCCUUAAGGUCAUUGAUUUAUAAGUUCCCUUCAGCGUUCUAUGAGGGCCGAGCAGACAUGUGUGCCUCUCUGUGCUACGAGAUGCUGAAAUGCUGCAACUCCAAACUGGGCUCUAUCCGCACCGACGCUUCGCAGCUGCUGUACUUCCUGAUGAGGAACAACUUUGACUACACGGGGAAGAAGUCCUUCGUCCGGACACACUUACAGGUCAUCAUUUCUGUCAGCCAACUGAUUGCAGACGUGGUUGGCAUUGGAGGAACCAGAUUCCAGCAGUCCUUGUCCAUCAUCAACAACUGUGCCAACAGUGACCGGCUCAUCAAGCAUACCAGCUUCGCCUCUGAUGUGAAAGAUUUGACCAAGAGGAUCCGCACAGUCCUGAUGGCCACAGCCCAGAUGAAGGAGCAUGAGAAUGACCCCGAGAUGCUGGUGGACCUCCAGUACAGCCUGGCUAAGUCCUAUGCCAGCACCCCCGAGCUCAGGAAGACAUGGCUGGACAGCAUGGCGAGGAUCCAUGUUAAAAAUGGAGAUCUCUCUGAGGCAGCCAUGUGCUAUGUCCAUGUAACAGCCUUGGUGGCAGAGUAUCUCACGCGAAAGGAAGCUGACCUAGCACUCCAGCGGGAGCCAUCUGUCUUCCCCCACAGCCAUACCACCUGCCAGAGGAAGAGCCGGGGAGGCAUGUUCAGACAGGGAUGCACAGCCUUCCGGGUUAUCACACCGAACAUCGAUGAAGAGGCUUCCAUGAUGGAAGACGUCGGGAUGCAGGAUGUCCACUUCAAUGAGGAUGUACUGAUGGAGCUGCUGGAGCAGUGUGCAGAUGGACUUUGGAAGGCCGAGCGUUACGAGCUGAUUGCUGACAUCUAUAAGCUUAUCAUCCCCAUCUAUGAAAAGCGGAGGGAUUUCGAGAGACUAGCCCAUCUGUAUGACACGCUGCACCGAGCCUACAGCAAAGUGACAGAGGUCAUGCACUCCGGCCGCAGGCUCCUGGGGACCUACUUCCGAGUGGCCUUCUUUGGACAGCAAUACCAGUUUACAGACAGUGAAACAGAUGUGGAGGGUUUCUUUGAAGAUGAAGAUGGGAAAGAGUAUAUCUACAAAGAACCAAAACUCACGCCUCUGUCGGAAAUUUCUCAGAGACUCCUUAAACUUUACUCAGAUAAAUUUGGUUCUGAAAAUGUCAAAAUGAUACAGGAUUCUGGCAAGGUUAACCCAAAGGACCUGGAUUCCAAGUUUGCUUACAUCCAAGUGACCCACGUGACCCCGUUCUUUGAUGAAAAGGAGUUACAAGAGAGGAAGACAGAGUUUGAGAGAUGUCACAAUAUCCGGCGCUUCAUGUUUGAGAUGCCUUUCACCCAGACGGGGAAGAGGCAGGGCGGGGUGGAGGAGCAAUGCAAGCGACUGACCAUCCUGACAGCAAUCCACUGCUUCCCCUAUGUGAAGAAGCGGAUCCCUGUCAUGUACCAGCACCACACUGACCUGAACCCCAUCGAGGUGGCCAUUGACGAAAUGAGCAGGAAGGUGGCCGAGCUCCGCCAGCUGUGCGCCUCGGCUGAAGUGGACAUGAUUAAACUGCAGCUCAAGCUCCAGGGCAGCGUGAGCGUUCAGGUCAACGCUGGUCCACUAGCAUAUGCCCGGGCCUUCCUCGAUGAUACCAACACAAAGAGAUACCCUGACAACAAGGUGAAGCUGCUAAAGGAAGUUUUCAGGCAAUUUGUGGAGGCUUGUGGACAAGCCCUAGCAGUAAACGAACGACUCAUUAAAGAAGACCAGCUGGAGUACCAGGAAGAGAUGAAGGCCAACUACAGGGAAAUGGCCAAGGAGCUUUCUGACAUCAUGCGUGAACAGAUUUGCCCCCUGGAGGAGAAGACAAGCGUCCUACCAAACUCCCUGCACAUCUUCAACGCCAUCAGUGGGACACCCACGAGCACAGUGGUUCAAGGGUUGACCAGCUCAUCCUCGGUUGUGUGAUUUUACCUCACGAACCAUGUGUAGGGACAUGCUUUGUCAUGUGCAAACUCAGGAUGACUUCCAGAGCUAAUCACUGGUGUGGCCAAGCACAGGAAGAAGCCAUGGGGAACCCGACCGAGAGGGAGUCUGGACUGUGAUAUUUAGUAGCAGAUUUAUAGGAGUUGGGGGAAGGUGCACAUAUUUUUUUAAAUCUCACUGGCAAUAUUUAGUUUUCCUCAUGUCUUAACAGGGGUAUGUGGUGGACACUCUUAAGCUGUCGUUCAGUUUUAUUCUUUUUACAGCAUAGUAUUAAAUGGCCUAAAGGAGAACAGGAAGCCAUCAUAGGACAUUUUUAGCAGACACAGCAAGCACUGAAGCUGAGGCUGGGAACUAAGCGGAAAAAAUCUGGAAAAUAUUGUUUUCCUGUGGCACAUUCAGGUUGAGUACAAGAACUAUUUUUGUGUCUAGUUUUUGAUGACUGAAGGGAAUUGACUAUUGUAACUUUUGUACUAGUGAACAAGGAGACAUAGAGCCUUUAUAUUCAUGCCUUGUGUUGAAAACAUGAGAGCUUAAGAAGCUGUAUGUGAGCCUAAGCCAAGUCGAGCCGCGUAGAACCAAAGGCCUGUACUAACAAACACUACGCUAAAACCUAAAACCCAGUGUACAUACAGUUUGUUAAUACAGCCUCCUUGCUGUGUUCACACGCCUGUCACAUUUCUACGUUUUAAUACAUCCACUUCCACACUGUUCAUUGUGGGCCAUCUGUGCUGUUCUCAGUAUAUGCAAACACAUUGGACUUUACUGUUUUAUUCUUGUACAUAAGAAGUGCAAUAUGGAGAUGUAUACAGUCUUUGCUAUAUAUUAGGUUUAUAAACUGUUUAAAAUUUUCAUCCUUUUGCCAAAAUGGUGGAGUAUGUGAUUGGUAAACCCUGAAUCCUGUGGUAAGUUGGGAUAAUUUAAAAUUUUCACCAUGUUAUAUUUUCUUUGAAGACCUUAAUUCAGUAAUUUUAUAUUUGGAAAAAUAAAGGAUUUUAAUUUAACUGGAAUCAUUGCCCUGCUGUAAUUAAAUAUCCUGUACCCCAACUGUAUUAAAAAUAACAUUGUUGAUUUUCUGGUAAUAAACACUGGAUAUUU